AGACGUGAGGAAGGCACAAGCACAAGCGCAGUUAGUAAUAAUUCGAUCAAUUAUAUUACUGCAUUAUUAUCGAUUAGCAGCUAGCUAGGAGGAGCUAGCUAGUGGAGUAAUUAACAUUGUACAAGGUAGAAAUUAAUUAAGAUGGGUGCAGUGAGCAGAAGCGGCCGCGCAGUGGCCGUCCUGCAGCUUGUCUCCACCGUCGUCCUCCUCCUCUCGCCACCACCAGCAGCUGCAUCUCGCCGUGACAUGUCUGUGGACUUCCACGCUGCGUCGUGCCCGCAGCUGGAGACCAUCGUGCGCUCCGCCGUGCAGGCGGCGCUCCAGCGGGAGAUCGCCCUCGCCGCCGGUCUCCUCCGCAUCUUCUUCCACGACUGCUUCCCACAGGGGUGCGACGCGUCGGUAUAUCUGAAUGCCACCAACCCCAACACGGAGCAGUUUCCCCAGGGACCCAACGAGACGCUGCAGCCGCGGGCGCUGCAGCUGGUGGAGGACAUCCGCGCCAAGGUGCACGCCGAAUGCGGUCCCACUGUCUCCUGCGCCGACAUCUCCGCCCUCGCCACCCGCGACGCCGUCGUCGUCUCCGGCGGCCCCUCUUACGCCGUGCCACUCGGCCAGCAAGACAGCCUCGCUCCGGCAUCGGUGGAUCUCGUCGGAGAUCUCCCGGGCCCGAGCACCUCCAGAGUCCAGGCUCUCAUCGACCUUUUCGCGACCAGGGGCCUGGGAGAUCCUGCCGACCUGGUGGCGCUCUCCGGCGGCCACACCGUCGGGAGAGCACGCUGCGACUUCUUCCGUGACCGCGCGGGGCGCCAGGACGACACCUUCUCCAAGAAGCUGAAGUUGAACUGCACCAAGGACCCCAACCGGCUGCAGGAGCUUGACGUGAUAACGCCCGACGCCUUCGACAACGCCUACUACAUCGCGCUCACCACCGGCCAGGGUGUCUUCACUUCCGACAUGGCGCUCAUGAAGAACCAGACCACGGCGUCCAUCGUCAGGCAGUUCGCGCAGGACAAGGCCGCCUUCUUCGACCAGUUUGCCAAGUCCAUGGUCAAGCUCAGCAAGGUACCCAGGCCCGGCGGGAACGUCGGCGAGAUCCGCCGCAGCUGCUUCCUUUCCAACUCCAACGGACCACGCCUCGACCUCGUCGUCGCCGCCGCCACCGACCAAGACCCCGGUUUCGCUGCCUCUGCGUCUGCUUGAUACUCCAUACGUCCGUCCGACCGUCCCUACUUUUAAUUUGGGUUCAUUCCAAGAGUGAUCAUAUAUAUCUUGAGUAUAUUUUAUUCCAACUGUAUGUAUGUAUAUGUUCGCGCGAUAUAUAUUUUACGUUUGUACUAUAAUAUACUAGUAGUAAUUACAUUUGAAAGCUUUUUAUAUUAAGAAACAAGCUUGCCGCAAUUUUUUUAGCAA